AUGAUCCAACAAGUUAAACAUUCCAUUAGCUUUUUAAUGCCUUUAAUGGUAUUUGCUAUUAUGGUUUUGUUACUUUCUGUGGAAGGUGGUCGAAAGAUUCCACCAUCUAAACCAAACGAAGGAGAAGGUUAAAUUGGGUAUGGACGAGCUGAAUCGAACGACAUUACGAAAAGAUAAGAAAAUUAAAUUUAAAAAAGGGUUCUUUUCUCUUCCUUAUUUCUUAAAAAAGGGACACGCCCAAGUAGGCGCA